CAGCAGCUGGUCAGGGUAUAUUUCUCAAAACCUGCGUUUUGCAUUUGCAGCUUAUUUUUCGACUAUUUUAUUCCUGCAUUUCUGUCUGCUCCUACGAUUUCCCCCCACCCGAGUUGUAAUCUGUCGCAGAGAACGUGUAGCGUACUGGACUGAUCGAAAUAAGAAGCAGCUAUAAGCACAUCUCAUCGAGGACACCACAAUGAGCUGGAAAAAGGACGAGGACACGGAUGAGCUCGGAGCGCUUUUGCACCUGGACCGCUCGACUGUUCUGCAGGAGGCACGCGUGUUUAACGAGACGCCCAUCCGCCCGCGGCAGUCGCGCAUCCUGCUAGCAAAGAUAAUUUUCCUGCUAUACCGCGGCGAGACGAUGUCGACUACAGAGGCCACGGAGCUGUUCUUCAGCAUCACGAAGCUGUUCCAGUCGAAGGACAUGUCGCUGCGGCAGAUGGUGUAUCUGGCAAUCAAGGAGCUGUCGACAAUCUCCGAGGAUGUUAUCAUGGUUACGAGCAGUUUGAUGAAAGACAUGCAGCCCAAGUCGGAAGUCACUUACCGCGCCAACGCGAUCCGCGCGCUGUGCAAGAUCGUCGAUCCAUCGAUGCUGCCAGGAAUCGAGCGGUUCCUGAAGGCCGCGAUUGUCGAGCGCUCGCCGUCGAUUGCGUCGGCUGCGCUGGUCUCUUCGCUCCAUCUGUUUGGUGACGCUAAGGAUGUGGUACGGCGCUGGGGCAAUGAGGUUAACGAGGCACUCAACGGCAAGUCCUUGUCACAGGGAUCAUCAUUCUUUGGCGCAUCGACGAACCAGAACCAGGUAGUUUCGACCUCGAAUAUUGUGCAGUACCACGCGAUGGGCCUCAUGUACGCGAUCCGCCAGCACGACCGCAUGGCUGUUCUGAAGCUGGUGCAGACAUUCUCUGGCCAGAACAAGGGCAGCUGGAUGGGUGGAUCGGCUGCUACGUUGCGCAGCAACAUGGCGCAUGUUCUGCUGAUCCGCUAUGCAGUGCGUGUUAUGGACGACGACCCUAGUCUGGCACCACAGCUGUCCACGCUGCUUGAGGAGUGGGUUCGCCACCGCUCAGACAUGGUCAGCCUCGAAGCAGCGCGCGCCAUCUGCCACCUCAGAAACGUCACUUCCAAGCAGCUUACACCCGCUGUCAACGCGCUGCAGCUGUUCCUGUCGUCGCCCAAGGCCACAGUGCGGUUUGCGGCCAUCCGCACUCUCAAUGCCCUGGCGCGCACCAACCCGGAGGCUGUGCAGCCUUGCAAUGUCGACAUGGAGGGCCUCAUCACCGACUCGAACCGCUCUGUGGCAACAUUCGCGAUCACCACGCUGCUAAAGACCGGAAACGAAGCGUCGGUGGACCGUCUGAUGAAGCAGAUGCAGGGAUUCAUGGCUGAGAUCAGUGACGAGUUCAAGAUUAUUGUUGCCGAGGCCGUCCGCAGCCUUUGCCGCAAGUUCCCUGGAAAGCACUCGCUGUUCUUGGGCUUCCUGUCGGGCGUCCUGCGCGACGAGGGGGGCUACGAGUUCAAGCGCUCUGCCAUUGAGGCCAUUGUUGAUCUGGCCAAAAACGUGCCCGAGUGCAAGGAGACUGCGCUGGCCCACCUUUGCGAGUUCAUUGAGGACUGCGAGUUCACCAAGCUGUCGGUGCGCGUUCUCCACUUCCUGGGUGAGGAGGGUCCGCACACUGCUCGCCCAACCGUAUACAUCCGCCACAUCUAUAACCGUGUCGUGCUCGAGAACGCUGUGGUGCGUGCUGCUGCUGUCAAUGCCCUGGCAAAGUUUGGAGCCUCGACUGUCGGCGACGCCUCGCUCCAGCGCUCAGUCCGUGUUCUGCUCAAGCGUUGCCUCGAUGACCGCGACGACGAAGUCCGUGACCGAGCUGCCUGGGCGCUGCGCAUGACCGGCGACGAGAGUGUGCGCGACAAGUACAUCCGCGAUGACAGCACCUUUGCUCUGGCCGUCCUGGAGCGCAAACUGGUCGAGUACUGUGCUGAUCCGGGAGCCGCGCUCAAGGGCAGCUUCAACUUUGACAACGUGCCGCGCAUCUCGCGUGCCCAGGAGGUCGAGGCCCGCGACCGCCAGCGCCAGGAGACCAUGGAUGCCGUGCUCACCGGCACCACGCUCAAGACACCGACGUCCAGCAAGGCUGCAGCUGGUAAGGGCGAUUUGUCGGCCGACACCGCCCAUGAUGCUGGCGCCUCCUCCGGAUUCGUUGACAUCUUCGAGCAGCAGGCCAAGUAUGCCAGCCAGCUCAACGCGAUCCCGGAGCUUGCUGCGUUUGGCGAGCAGCCACUGGUCUCAUCACAGACACCCGCUGCCCUUACCGAGGCUGAGACCGAGUAUGGUGUGCAGUGCAUCAAGCAUGUCUAUAGCAACCACAUUGUGUUCCAGUUUGACAUCACCAACACUAUCCCGGAGCAGGUCCUGGAGCAGGUCGAGGUGGCUAUGGAGCCUGAGGAGGACAUCGAUGGCGUCCUGCAGCCUGUGGUUGUUGUGCCCAUUUCCGAGCUCAAGUGCAAUGAACCCGCCACCGCCUAUGUUGCGUUUGAGCACCUUGACCCAGAGACUUUCCCAGCGGUGUCGUUUGCGUGCACGCUCAAAUUCAUUGUCAAGGAGUGUGACCCAGCCACCGGCGAGCCUGAGGAGGACGACGAUGGGUUCGAGGACGAGUACUCGCUGGAGGCUGCUGAGAUCAAUGCUGGCGACUUUAUGCAGGCCACGUACAUUCCCGAUUCGCACGCACUGUGGGAGUCCCUGGGCGAGGACGCGCAGUCCGUCGAGACCUUUGCGCUGUCCAACUUUGACAGCAUCAAGGAGUGCACCGAGAAGGUCGUCGAGCUGCUCGGCAUGUGCCCGCUAGAGGGUGCUCUGACGCCCAAGAGCAAGGCCGCCCACCAGGCUGUGCUGACCGGCAAAUGGCUUGGAAAGUCAAAGGCAGUGGCUCGGGCGCGUAUGACGUACCAGAAGGGUGCUGGCGUAACAAUGGAGCUUGCUGUGCGUUGCGAAGAGCCCUCUGUUAGUGAGCUCGUUGUGUCAGCAAUUGCCUAAGCC